GGCGGGAGCUGCAUGUUUACGUUUCCGGGCCCAAAGAACGAACAAACCACUAAUUACGAUCUAACUUUGUAUAAUUAUUGGAUUCUGUUAUCAUCUCUUGCUGCUCGCCACGCGUGUUUUUUGAGCGGACACAAAUAGGACUACCUACAUUAUGACAUCUGCCGACAUUAAACCAGUGGAGUUUUUACCUGGAGUCCCUGACUGGAGCACCGUGGACCAGCCAAUAGGAGAACUGUUUACUCCCAUCGAGGAUAAAUCUGCGUGGAGUGACUUCCUCCUGUCUGACCAACAGGUGGCGCAGUUCUGGAAAGAUGGCUUCCUGUCCAACAUACGACUGCUGUCUGAGGAACAGUGUGACAGGAUCAUAGCGGAUUACAAGUACUUCAUAGGAAGUGAUGAGAAGCAUCCUGGGAUGGAAAUGAUGUAUGAAUACAGCAGCAACCAAUCUGGUGACCCUGACAACGUGUUGAUGCAUGGUCUGGGACAGUGGAGACUCACCAAGUUGUUCCACGAUCUGAUCUUUCUACCACAGGCUGUCGUUCCCGCGUCACAGCUGCUUGACGAGUCGCGGCAAGGGGUUCCGGUGAGACUGUGGCACGACCAGAUGUUUGCUAAACCCCCGAACCACGGCGGGGUGGUCGCCUGGCAUCAAGAUUAUUCUUACUGGACUCGUACAAAACCCAUGAUGCACUUGACAAUUCACAUUGCCUUAGACGAGCAGACCGCUGACAAUGGACCCCUCCUGUACAUCCCUGGCUCUCACAGAUGGAAUCGAAAUGGUAACCCUCUACCUGUGACGGAUUUCAACUUCUACGACAUGGAGUCAAUUCAGACAGUUCUGACCGAGGAAGAGAAAGCCCAGUUCAAACCCAUCAGCUCGGACUUGAAGAAAGGCUGUGCAAGCUUCCACCACCCACUGUCUGUCCACGGUUCCUAUGGCAACAGGUCAGACCGACCCAGACGUGCGACCGUGUUGAAUUAUUUUGCUGAUGGUGUUCUGUCCAACACUGAUGAUGAGCAGCUGAAAGGUAUCACCAUUCCAAAGGGUGAGAAGAUGUGUGGACAGUUCUUUCCAUUGGUCUAUGACCCAAGCUGGAGGGAAUAACUUUAACAUUAAGCUGGGGGAAAUAAAUUUAAUAUUGUCCUGGAGGGAAUACAUUUAACAUUGUGCUGGAGAGAAUGGGGGUUGCGGGGGUGGGGGGGGGGGGAGUUUGGGGGAGGUUGGUCAGGGAAAUUGUGCCACAGAAAAAAGAAAAAAAAAAAGUGCCUUAUUUUCAUACUCUCCUCUCCGCCAUCCAGAUGCAAAACCAAUUUAAAUUCUGUUUUAAGUGUUGUUUUUGAUGGGCCAGUUAUAAUUAUGAACAUUUUCAUCACAAUAUAAAUGUGCUCUAUUUUGAAACUCCCUCUCACUUCCUGGCAAGAUUUUGUUUUAAAAGCAUAUGGUGGCAUUAACAACUCACCCCGCCCCACCAACUUUCCGCCAAAAUACAAUUUGAUGUUACAUAAUAAAAAUAGAACAUACCACAAGUGGCUUUACUGUAUGGCUCUAAGUUUGAAAUGUUUUGUAAUUUCCCCUGGUAUUUCAAGCAGUGUGAAAGGGGCGGGACGUAGCCCAGUGGUACAGCACUCACCUGAUGCAUGGUCGAUCUAGAAUCGAUUACCGUCGGUUUCUCGUUCCAGUCCACUAUGACUUGUAUAUCAAAGACCAUGGUAUGUACUAUCCUGUCUUUGGGAUGUGCUAUCCUUUCUUUGGGAUGGUGGGAUGGUACAAAUGGAAAACUAUAUCAGGUUUUUUUCUUCUCUAAAACAAUAUGUCAGAAUUACCAAAUGGUUGACAUUCAAUAGCCAAUGAUUAAUAAAUCAAUGUGCUCUAGUGGUGUCGUUAAACAAAACAAAACCAGUUUUAUAUUAAUACAUAUUGACACAGCAUAAACAGCAUUUCUUUACAAUAAUAAAUCCAAAAAGUACAAUGUGACAAAGGCUAUAUAGAUGUAUCCAUUAACUGCUCAGACUUUAGGGGAAGUACCAUAUUUGCUCGGAAAUAAGACCAGGGGGCCAAGACAACUCAUUGUGAGCUUAGCAUGGGGUGGGCUUAUUCCCAGGAAAGGGGCCAGUUUUUUAAUUUAAAUAAUAAUAAUAAUAAGUAAUUUUUAUCUCAUGAAAAUGUUCAUAAUUAUGAAUCAUCCCAAUGGCAAAGAUAUGUAGGAAAACAAAACAAAACAAAAAAGUCCACUCCUUGAAUGAUGGCCGUUUCAUUAAAUUUAGAAAUCACUGUUAUAUAUCAAAGUUUCUAGUUUGCUUUAGCCCGUUCGAUGCAUGGUGUAGGCUCUGAAACAACUUGAGAAACAUAAUGGUAUUUGAUGGCCAUUUAUUGAGAAUUCUUAAUUAAUUAAUUUCAUUCAUCCAACCUGAUACCAUUGUUAUGCAUAGUAUGUAUUUGUUAAAACAUUGUCCAUCCAUCUGCCAGCUUUUCUUGUCCGGUGAAUAUCUUUGAUACUGUAUUUUGCAGCAUUUAUUAAAUUAGGGAAAAAAAGAGAAAUAUGUGAAAUAUUUCACUUGAAGUUCAUAGAAUUAUACUUUUAAAUUAAAAUACUGAUAUUUUAAAAAUUGUUUACCUUUCUUUUCUAAAUGAGAACUGGCUUACAAAUUUAAGAUUUGGCACGAGCGUAGGAAGGUGUCAGAAAGUGGGGUGGGGGCACACACUCACAGAUAUAUAUACAAAUUUGGGUAUGGCGCCAUACCCGUUUUACCCUCCGACAGAAACCAUGAUAUAUAUAUAUAUAUAUAUAUAUAUAUAUAUAUAUAUAUAUUAUUUAACGUUAACUGGCCCUAACAGAAACAUAAUGGUUAGUUUCAGAAUUAUACUAUAUGGAAUGGGGGAAAUUUGCACAUUGUACCUCAGUGUUUAAGUUGUGGGUUUUUAGUGGUUUCUCAUUUUGAUGCAAUAUUUGUUGUGAUUUUUGCACUCUUGUUAUAUGCAAAAUUUUAACUUGUUAUUAAAUGCAUAAUUGUUGCUGGUAAUAUAUUUUAAAUAUUACUCUAGGCGCUUUGUUACAUAUGAAUUUACGUAAUUACAAUAUCAACUGCCAUUAUAUUAAUAAUAAAACAAAAUGAUUUUCAA